AUGCGCGAAAGACUGGCUGCAAGACGUUUGAUCAACUUUUUCUACACUUUGGUGAGAGAUCGGCUAUUGUUUGCGUUGGUCCGUGCAUUGGCAGACCACCUGUGAGAAAUGUCACACCCACUCCUUCCGAGAUUCGUGCGGGAGCUUUUGCCAUUUGAGGCUCUACUCUUACUGUUCAUUGCUCAUUCUUCUGCUUCAUGCAUCCUUAAUUUUUCAUCAAACUGUUUUUUUUAUGGUUCAGCUCGACCGAAAACGAAGCAAGUUUUUGGCUCAAAUACUUCAAUCUUUUUGGUUUUAUCUCUGUCUUUGACAAAUAUUCACAACCACGGAAGUUUUUUUUCUAGAUCUGCAUCUUUGAACACUCUUAAAUUGCCUCUUUUUUUAAAAUCCAUUUUGAUGUUUCAGGACAAGAAGUUACGGGUUUUUUAUUUGGGUGUCACUUUCCAGUUCUGUGAUCAAAUCAUAAUUUUUUCGUUCCUGCACUUGGAUUAUUGAUGAGUUGAGAAGUUUUCCAAGUAGAUCCAAAUUUAUUUCUUCCUGCUGGAACCGCGUUUUUUUGCAAUGAGACGUUCCAAACGAGGAACGAAACGAUGGGAUUUACCGGUCGGCGAAAAAUUCACCGGAAAAUGAAGCGGCAAGCCAGUGACUUACCUGACGGGACAAGUCUUCGUGGGUGUAGGUGGAGACGGUCAACAACAUCGGCGAAACGAAAAAAAACAGACACACACAAAAAAGGCAUUGAAGAGGCCAGUUAAGGGCCGAGUAUGAAUAGAAAAAGCGUCGGAUUCGGGCCUUGGCUUGGCGAGUCGCCGAGGGUCGGUUGCACACGAACGAACGAAGAGUCAUCACUCCGCCGCGCGGUAACUCGAGUACACUCCUAAACUUCCAUGAACGUCGUCGUGUGCUCCCAGUUGAGUUGGGUAUUCAUGGGCUCACUUCAAAGUCCCCUUUCAUAUUAUUCUGACAACGCCCGAGAAUACACACCUUUUAGUUCCUCAUUUCAAUGUUUCACAGGUCUAUUCCGUCUCAGAAUUUUUUCAUUUUCCCCUGUGAUUUCGAAUUUUGGUCCGUUAUAAAAAAAUGUCCAAGAAGAGCAGUUUUUCCUAGCAAAAACAAAUGGAAAAGCUAGGAGAACUAAAAAAUUAUUUUUCACUUGUUAAUUUUUCUAAAAAUUAAAACAGAUUCUCACCAGACAAACGACUGGCAUUAUAAUUUCUACACGAAAAUAACCAAUAAAACUCAAAUUUUUGGACAGUCGUGAGUUUUUUUUUUCUCAUUCAGCUUAUUCUUCAAGUGCAACUUAAUAACCAGUAUUUUGAUUUUUUAUAUCUUCGUCGCUCCAGUUUUUUCCAGUUCUUUUUUAUCUUAACAAUUUUCGUUCAAAAAAUAUUUCAACUUUCAUUAUUGUGUAUUUUCCGAUCUUGAAUUAUUUCAUUUAUCUUACUCAACACUCUCGCAAUUCUCUUCGGAAUUUCAAAGGUCAAUAAUCAUUUUUCAGCGUCGGCUUAGCGAAAUCAAAUAAGAAAAUAGAAUAAGACUAGCCUCUGAUGAAGAUGCGAGUCUUUCUCGCAGUUUUGUACCUGUUUCACAGCACAUACGGUAAACAUUGUACUUUAUGCAAAAAGCUUUAAUUUUACAUCUUGCAGGCUCUGAAGUCGGUAUAAAUGUGCCUUGCAAUAAAGAAUUGGACGGUUUACUGGCUGCCGACCCGGAUGGAAAUGAGAGCGCUUUCAUGUCUUGCGUUGGAGUCGGUGUAGGGUGAGUUUGGCUUCAAAUUUAUUCAUUUUUUUUUUCAAUUUUCGCACUUUUCAGAAAUAUUGGCUUUUGGGAACGUAAAAUUUGCCCAAAUGAAAUGGUCUUUGACUUCAUCAACCAGCAGUGUAAAACUAAAACAAAGAAGGCUAGGAAGCAGCAAACUCUCAACAUCGGUAUUAUCCUAUUUUUUGAAACAGGAAUGUUCAAACGGCGGUUUCAGAUUUUUUCUAAGUUUUUGUGUUUCUUAGACGUUGUUUCGAAUAUGACGUUUUUUCUAAACUUUCGAAGUAUUGUUUCGAAUUUUAAGAGAAAGUGAACAAGAAGACCGGUUGAAAUUCAGAAAAAGAUAGCUAAGGGCAUCUUGAUUUUAAAUCGGUCAAAAAAAAACUGCGGUUUUCAGAGAGUUACUCUGUUACAAAAAGGAAAAAAGGUUCUGAUGUCUUCUGGCGUCAUAUUGUUCUAAUAAUCAAAAUGAAAAUUCCUCUCUUGUUUUCGGAAAAAAAAAACGAUGCUCCAAAAACGUCUAAAUUGGUCAAAACCCUCGUUCAUUUCUAUUUUUGAAUUUUUUAUAACAAGAAAUGUACAUAGAAGCUUAACAAUAAUUAAUCACAGUUUUAUUUCGCCAACUCAAUUUUUUCAGCAAUCUUGAACAACAGCUGUGCGAAUGGAGAAACUUGCAUCGGAGGAAGUGUUUGUGACUUGGACUCCCUGAAAUGCAUGUGCCCAUACGGUACCAUUCCUCAGCUGGACACUCUUUCUUGCGAAUCCAACGAGCCGACUUUUGUCAGCGCUCCUAUCGACGCUCCUACUUUCUCCUUCAACUCUUUUGGAAGCGUCGAAAAAUCGGUUUUUUUCGUUUUCAAUAUUACCUGAAGCUUUAAGUUCAACAACUUUCAUUGUACGUACCCAAAAAAACUAGGCUCGAAAAAAAUUUCAAACCGUCGAAUCGAUAUCCGAACUCUCUAAAAAAAAUUCUUUUUUUUAAAUCUUUUAAAAAGGAAUUAAUUUUUGCUAGCAUGAUAGUUUUUCAUAAAAAUGAAAUUGUUUAAGAAUUAAAUCUUUGAUCUUUCGAGAGCGAAGAUGAAGGUUCAAACAGUCUGCAGAAUAUUUCUUUGAAACUUCGCGUCUUGAAAAACGUUUGUUACAAAUGAAAGUUGUUUAUCAUUCUUUUUCUAGACAGUUUUUAAAUUAAUUACCAGGACAUUCCAAAGAUUCAAAAGCCUUAGUCCUCGAAGUUACAAAAUAUUUUGAAAAUUUCAGCCACCAAACAAUGGGGGAUUCAUGCCAAACAACUUCAAUAUGCCAAGUCAAAACUCUGGAGGAUUCCAACCAAACCCAACCUUCAAGUUCAACAAUUUCAACACCAACACGAACAAUAACAACAACCGCUUCAAUAACUUCGGAGCCACCGGAAACAUGAACAGCAACAGCAACAACAACUUCCAAUGGAAGCCCGAGUUCAGCUUCAAACCGAACUGGAACAAUGUGGUCAACAACAACAAUAACGGACAGAGCUCUUUCAAUUCUUUCCAACCAAACACGCCGCAGAAAUUUGUCUUCAACGCAAAUAACAACAAUAAUAACAACAACAACGCCUACAUUCAGCCGGUUUCAGUCCAGAAGAAGAUUUCUACUCUGGGUUAGUUUUUUCCAACCUUUUUUUGAAUUUCGCUGCACGAUUUUGUGAAUAAGAGGUCAAAAUUUUGACCGCGCUCACGGAUGCUUGUAAGAGAUCCGCUCUUUCUUUUCAAAAGAAAUGUUGAAACGCGAGCCGUCUCGAGGAAGGUUUCCACGUUUUCUUCUUGCUGCGCCGAUGGUCAUUGCACGAUUUUGGGAGUGUGAGCAAUGCAAACAAAAUGUUGGUACUACCUGUCUGGUGGGGAAAUCUACCGAGUUUUUUUGAGCGGCGUAGCUAACUUAGAAUGCAAAGACAAGUUUUAUGCAAAUAAACACUUUUGUAUAGUAAAAAAACUGAAUUUAGAGGCUUCCUUGAGGAAAAUUGGUCGUUCAAAAUAAAGACUGUUCUCACAAAGUUUGAUUCAGUUGAUUCAAAAACAUCAAGUAUACCCUUUCCAGGUAUUUUUUUACAUAAAAUAAUUUUCACAAAAAAAUUUGCUAUUUUUAAAAUUGGUAAUUUUUUUGCAAAAUUUGUCUGGAAAAAUAUUAGCUCAAGAGUAGAGAGUAAAAAACAGUAUAAAACAGCGCUCAUCUCAAAAUGUCCUUCAAAGAAACCUAAAAGGUUUUUAAACGUAGAAUUUUUUUAUGACUCCAGUUGAGUUCCUGGUUUUGAACAUUUGGAAAUAUAAAUAUAAGCUUUUCUGGCUAUAUUUACUCCUGGGAAGUUGCAUGAAAUAUUAUUGUGAAAUACUCCUGGGGCUUCGGUAAUUCCAGACGGUUUAAUUUUAUUUUUUUCUUUGAAACCCAUGGUACUCCUCCAUCUUCUCUUGCUAUAGCCCGACCUGGCGACUCGUGCCGCUCCAACGAAGUUUGCGUGGGUGGCUCGAUCUGCACGCUUCCUAUCGGUUUGUGCCUCUGUCCGGGAGACUUGGAAGAACGCGACGGCGAGUGUGUCCUUCCUGCCGCAUCUUCUAUCAAAAUUUCCAAAGGUUUUUCAAAUUUUUUCCGGGAUUUUUCGUUUGGUGGUUUUGAUUUGGAGGAGGUAUACGAUUAAGAAAAGAAAAGCUUUUGGGGAGCAGGACCGCGGUAAUCUGUGAAUAACUGAAAACAUUUGAAACACAUUUUUUUCACUGGUUAUCAUUUGUAUAUAUAUAUAUAUAUAUAUACUGCCAGAGUCUUACAAAACCCGAAAUCGGGAGGAGUUUCAGGUAGUCCUUUAAUCUAUGAAGUGAUCUUAAGAGUGAUCCCUGUUCAUUGAAGAAUACGUAAAAUUUUCGAGUUUGUCGAAUUACCAAAAACAGCUCUCACAGAGAAAUUACUCGAUUAGUUUCAAAACUUAACCCUCGAAGAGUGAAAUACUUCAUGAUGCUCAAAAGUUUGUUUUCAAAACUGGUAAAAUUUUAAAUUCGAUCUCCAGAACAUCAAAUAUAUGAAUUUUUUGUGGAAGAUAGAUAGUUGACCUCUUGAAAGUCAAUCACGAAAAAUAUCUUUAGUUGGAAUCGGAGCGUUGUGUUCUGAGCUAGCGGAAUGUGACCACGGCAGUUCUUGCGUUAUGGGCAGAUGUGCUUGUCUUUCGCCACUCGUCCAACAUGAAGGAAAGUGCGUACUCAGACAGCAACAAAAAGCAAGUCGGUGAGUUCUUUUUCAUUCCUUUUUAUACUAUCAAAAAACGCAUGAAUUAUUUGUGUGUUGUGCGAUUUUUUUACAUAAUCUACUGUUAAGUGAAAUUAUUAAUAAUAUCUUCGACAUUCUCGAAAUUGAAGCGCAUGAUUGGCGUUUUUGAAAAUCGCACAAAGUUCAUUUUCGUUUAUUAAGGCCGUUUUCCCUUCUACAAUCCAUCAAAAAGUUUUUGAUUGGGAAAAAAUGUGUGAUUUUAGCGUGAAAAGUAUACUUUGAAGUCGAUUCAAGGACAAGUAAACUAUUGCCUGAUUUAGAAGAAGACGAGUGACUUUAAAAGAAAAAGUUUUUUCAACUGGAAGUUUACCAACUUUCAAGGCUAAAAAGGAACUUUUCCGAAUAUAAAUUUCAGGGAGAAUUUUUCCAAAAGAAUUAUGUUUAUCUUUGCUCCUAACAUAAUUUUGACAGAGAAACAUAGUAAGAGCCUUUGAGAGGGAGAUUAGACCGGGUUUAAAAUAUAAAAAAACUGGCAAACGCUGCAUUUCAACAUGCUUUCUCUUUUUGCGCAAUUUCGAAGCCGAACUUUUUAAGAAAAAAAUUAAUUUUUAUAAAAAUUUACAUACGAAAUUUAAAAACCUUCCGAAAAAGAUGCAAGCACUGCGCUGGCUCUCUGAAACAAAGCACGCACACACAAGCACCCGAACACACGUUUUUAUCUGACGACAGGUCCUGGAGAGCUGUGCGACAACGGAGAAGUCUGCGUGAAGGGCAGUGUUUGCGACGCCGUCAUCCCGGUCUGCGUCUGUCCUUCUGAAACGGACCUCAACGACGGGGAAUGCGUUCGCAUCGCUAGCGCCACCAAACCGACACCCGGUAAAAAAUCUCCAACUAGUCCACUCAUCCGACACUUUGUUUUUUGUUUAUUAUCACAUUUUUUCACAACAUCUGGUUGCUGUUUCUCAGAAACACGAGCAAAAAAAAAGCGUUUUUGUCGUAUGCCCAUUCAUUUCAAGUUCGACGUCUCUUGAAAACUCGAGAAAAAGUUAUGGGGGAAUACCAUAACCUUUUUUCAAAAGUAGAAGUUUUUAGAAUUCGCUAAUACUACUCUCAGACUCACCAGUUUUAAAUUGACGCCUUUUGCCUCUCAAAUAAUUUAUAAGCUCAAAGUUUUUGUGAUGUCGCUCUAAAGUGUUAAUAAGGCAUUUAAGAAAUUUUGAGAAGCAAAAAAAAUUUCCUAAAUUGAUAUCAAGGUGCUUUCUCUUGCUUUGGCUUUCCAACACCUAUUGUACUAAUUGGAGACCACUCUAUAAAAAAUUGAUUUUAGCUGUUUCCAGCUGUUUAGAAGUCCUUUCCUACUUGUAAAUCUUAAUUAUGCUUUUCCCAUUCACGAGCUUUCUUCUAGCACUAAAUGUUUAUUAGCAUCAAUCUGGCUUUUUCAAUCUCAUAAAACGCAGUUAUUUUCUCAAACUUAUACCAAUAUCUUUUCUAUGAAAUUUGAACUUCAUGAAAUUUGCCUUCGUUUUUCAAGUUUAUUGAAUAAUCUGCCAGUGCCAAAUGAGAGUGGUGUGUUUAAAACUGAACUUUGUUGUGGUUUCAUAACUCCCAAUUUUUUUCAUUUAUCAAUAUUAUUUCUCUGCAGAUAUUAACUUCUGCUCAACACUUAUCUUCUGUCUUCAUUCAACAAAAUUGACUUUUUUGUUUUCAGUUGUGCCGCAAGUUACUCAGGCUCCGUACAGACCUCCUCAGCCACCUCAGCCAGUUUUCACAGCUCCUCCGACUCAGAAGACUGCUGCUCCAAUCAUGACAAUGCCGCCGCAGCCACCUCAGGUGUGUUCGAACUUUACAGAAAUAAUGAAUGUACUCGAUAGCUCAAGUAUGAGAAAAUAGAACAAAUUUCUAAACAAGUCGUAACUAUUUCCAUACAGACCCAAGCGCCGUUCACCUACUACCCUCAAACGGCAGCUCCACACACUUUGCCGCCAGCUACAUACAAAACUACGCCCAGACCUCAGCCUCCAGUUUUUGUUACGUCGCGGCCGGAAACUACUCCCGCUCCAGUUGUCAACUACAAAAAUAUCUACACGGGGGCUCCUAGCAAACCGUCGACUAGCAAGCCGAAUCACAUGAAAAUUUCUCUUGGUUGGUGUUUUUUUUUUCUAUUUGUUUGAAAUCCCAGGAAAACACCUCUGUUAUUCUCGCAAAAAAGUUUGCAAUGAGGAAGUUUUGUUAAAUCUAUGUUACAAAAAUUUUUUUCUACCGGUUCAAACUUUGAAACUUCCAUUUUUUCAAUCGAGUGAAUCGGUUUGACCUUUGAUACAUUCCUUAAAUGUCUCUAGAAGUUCUUAUAGUGGUUAGUUUUAAAAGAAAUAGAAAAAAAGACUUCCUGUUGACAGCUUCAAUAAAAUCAGGUCCCAUUAGUUUGAUUUGAAAAGUAAUUUCUGCAUUAGAUGAAGCAAAAACACUUAGAAAGUUUUAAUGAAUUUCAGGUGGGAGCAAGCAGGCUGGAGUCGGUGUCCGUUGCUCAUUGAACACAGACUGUAUGAUCGGGGCUUACUGUAAUGGGAAUACCAAUCCUCCGUCUUGCCAGUGCCUAUCCACUCACGUAAAUAUUGAUGGAAGAUGCGAGAAAGGUCUUUUUUUCUCUUUUCAUGAGUUUUCACUCAGCUCGAGCACGUUCCAUGUGCCUACUUCUCUUCUGUCGAAAGGCCGAUUGCAUAUUUGAUCACUUCUUGAAUUUCGUACACGCAAUUAGGGCGAAAUAGUGUCAAACGUAAAGAUACUCUGGGAAGACAAUGGUUUAAGAUACAGUUUUCGGAUAAUCGAUCUCAUAAUUCAUAUCACAGCCACUAAUUCCAGUUUCAAAAUUACUUUAGCUCUAGAUUCGCUAAAUUUUGAUCGUUUUUUGGGCUUCUCUUGAGAUCUUUUGGCUUGUUGCACGCUUUUUUUCUUGCCUUGCAGUCGUGUACCCGGGUCAAGUCGGCUGUCGAAGCGACAUGCAGUGCACGGCCGCCUACACCGGAACCGCCUGCAUCGAUCGCAUUUGUGUAUGUCCUGAGGGAAAGAAGGCUGUUGAUCAGACGUGUGUGCCAGGUAAUGUGAUGAAAAUCCGGUGAACCACCUUCGUCCUGAUGACGAUGUGCUUGCAUGAGCAUUCUCAACUUUCCACUUCUCCGUUUGCAUGUGAAUUGAGAAACCAAAAUGGUUUUCUUGAUUUAAACUACUUUUUCUGUACUCCCAUUUUGAGCGUCCAUUCUGUUUAGAACCAUGACUAGUGUGUGAUGGUUUGAUUUAGAAUGGGAAAAUGAAAAUCAUUUUUUCUUUCCGAACUUGUCUCACUAGAAUCAAAAAUGCUCUUCACAACUUCAAACCUGUAGUUUUCAAAAUACUUUCUGGAUUUUGGAAAACGCAAAACAACACUAUCAGCUUCAUUUCUUUGCAGGAUCUCCUUUUCAAACGUGCAGAAAAUUAUCUAAAGUUUAAUUAUGCCAAAUCUAAAACAAAGAUUCAUCUAUGCUGCACGCUGAACCCUUUACUUUUCUCCCAUUCACCAAAAUAAUAUCUUUAUUACCCUUUAAAAGUUUGUUGUGCCUAACCUCGCAUUUUGAUGAAGUUUGCAGAGUCUUCUAACUCGUGUGGUGUGACCGCGACUAAAGUCUUCCCCGCAUGUCUCAGUCCCUACGUCUGCAUUGACAACCGCUGCGUGUGCCCGAUUAACACCCAAUGCUCCAAAAAACGCAACAUAAGAGACGUCGAACAGAGUAUGAACUGUUGGCCUGGAGCCCAAAGGUGCAGUGGUGGUCAUGGGAUUUGCAUAGCGGAGAAAUGCCACUGUCUGAAGGGCUACGUCGAAAAAAACAGGCGAUGUCAGAAAAUCGCUCUGUCUUUGGACUCUUUCUGCGAGCCUGGAGUCGAUCCGCAAUGUGCCGACGGCUCUUCCUGCCUCAAUGGGAAAUGUGUUUGCACUUCACCGGAUGGAUGCCUUGUUUUCAAAAGAACCGACGAGGAAAAGCUCUGUACGAUGGAUUUUCAUUGUAUCGGUGGGAAGACCUGCAAGGCUGGAAGAUGCGUUUGCCCGAAUGGAACAGAAAAUAAGGUUUGUCGAGAGAGCUUGAGAUUGAAGAAAGUUUAUUUCGAAAUUCAAGUACAGCUGGCUUGAGAAAAAAAAACCCGCACACGGUUGGCUAAGCAUUAUGCCAAAAGAAACAAUUUCGACGAUUUUAAAGUUUUUUUUUGUCAAGUUAGCAAUGAUUAGAGUGUUUAACUUUCAAUUAAAUGAGAAGAAACCCGUUUUCUUGAAACUGGAGACUUGGCUAUUCUCAAAAAUAGGGGUUAAAAAUCGGAUUUUGUAUGCUAUCGGUCACAUAUUUUUCAUAACCUCAACCCUAAGUUGUGAUUUUCCGGGAAGAUUUAUUAAAACAUCCAAACUUAUUCAAAAUAUCUUUUUCCACAGAUUGAAUCUAAGGAAAAGUUCAAUUUUUCGAUCAACAGAACCGAAAUUCAGACAAUUCAUUUUCAGGACGGCGUGUGCUUCUCUCAAGUCGGAGCUUACAAAAAUAUCAACAGCCAGUGCAAUUCCUUGGACAGAUGUUCUGGCGGAUCAAAGUGUCACAACCACGUUUGCCAAUGUGUUGAUGGAAGCACGGAGCAUCAAGGAAGGUGCCAACAAAUUGCUGGAGGAAAAUGCAAUAACGGAGAAGUUUGCAUCGGCGGCAGCUUCUGUGAGUUCGGCCAUUGCCGAUGCUCUCAUUCCCAAGUCGUAG